AUGGCACAGUGGUCCGACGCCUCCAACACGCACAGCAUCGAACCCACCAGCUGGGACGUGAACCUCGAAGACUUCGAUCCGAACUACGAUCCAACGUACGACCUCGAGUGCAACUGUCCCAUGUGCAGGACCCGUACUGCCGCAACUCCGGAUAACGCGUUGGCAAGACAGUUAGAACAGAAAUAUCCUAUCACGUAUGCUGAAAGGCGCGUUGAAGAGGAAGAGGAGAGGGGGUCACGUAUCGGACGUGAUGGCUUCGAGGGCGUUAUGAUGCUCAUAGGGAAUAAGCAUAGGCUUAUUAGGAAUGCUGGUGACGAUAACGAGCAUGAUUGGACGUUCUUUCAUCCUACAUUCCGACGAUCCCACGUCAUUAUCCGAAAACCACCUUAUGAGUACGAAGCUCGAGGCUGGGGAACCUUCGUCAUUCGUACCGAGAUCGUACUCAAGCAGCCGUAUAAUUGGAUUAUGGAUAAUGCUGGCACCCGGCAGCAGGCUCUCGAGCUGGAAUGGCCCCUCAACUUUGAACGGGAAGGCAGACAGGGUAGAGUGAGAGCCAAAGUGAACAGACUUGAUGCUGCAGCCAACAGCACCGGUCGCGUGUUACGGUCCAGGCAUCCACCUCCAAGUGCACCCGUUCCGGAUGAUGACGAUGACGAGCUAGACGACGAUUACGAGGCCACCCAAGACGAAGACGAAGACGACGAUGAGAGCUCACCAGAUGAGGACUUUGAAGAAGGAGCCAGUGAAUAUGUUGAACCUUCACGAAGAUAG